AUGGCAGACCAAGAUAGCUUGGAUGAGAAACACAGAAUAGGCGAGCAAAUCAUUGACUCACCUCCAAAUGAGCCCGAUCAUGGUAUUGUGAAAGACUGGGAAGAAGAAGAAUCAGCCGUUCGCCGGAAAGUCGACUUUAUCCUCAUCCCCAUCCUAGCAGUCGCUUUCUUCGCCUUGCAAAUGGACCGCGGCAAUAUCAGCGCUGUCUUGACAUCGACUAUCACAAAAGACCUGAAUAUCACAACAAACCAAAUAAAUAUCGGAUCACAACUGCUCUCCGCUGGUAUUGUGCUUUCUGAAAUCCCAUCAAAUAUUAUUAUGCAACGAAUUGGACCUCGUGUUUGGUUAUCGGGUCAGUUGUUCGCGUGGGGGUUGGUUGCAACCUUCCAGGCAUUUGUUGACUCCUAUCCUGCGUACUUGGUUACGAGGAUUCUGCUGGGAUUUUGUGAGGGUGGCUUUAUUCCUGGCGCUUUAUACUAUCUCUCCACUUGGUACAAGAAAGAUGAGACUAGCAUGCGCACAAGUUUGUUCUUCUAUGGGCAGAUGUUCGCAUCGGCUACAUCAAGCUUGAUAUCCGCCGGUCUGCUUCAGCUGCAUGGCACCCAUGGUAUGGAGGGAUGGAGAUGGAUCUUCCUGGUCGAGGGAUUAAUCACUCUGUUCAUCGCAAUUGUAUUUACUCUCCUUGUGCCUCCAUCGGUUGGAGACGGCCGUCCAUUAGUCGCCUUCGGCCGCUGGAGCUACUUCACCGAGCGCGAGUCGCACAUCAUGCGCAAUCGCGUUUUACUAGAUGACCCUCUGAAAGCUACAGGCCAUAUCCAGAUUUCACGCUCUGAUAUCUGGCAGACCGUUAAGCAACCGCGCAUCUGGCAGCAUGUUUUCGUGACCUUGGUGUCUAUGACUGGGUUCUCGGGUUUGACCCAAUACACACCCAGCAUGAUCAAAGGGCUGGGCUUCGGUGCUGUCAGGGCAAAUGCCUUAGCGUCGGUUCCCGUCUACUGUAGUAUGGUCUGGCUGGUUAUUCUGUCUUUCGCUGCUGACAAAACAAGACAUCGUGGUCCUUUCGUCCUCUUGGCUAUCACUUGGAAUGUGAUUUCCUACGCUUGUCUUCGCACAAGUAACCCCCUUGCUUCGCAAUGGCACCGAUACGGAGUUAUUGCCGUCGCUAAUAUCUCCUAUUGCAGCAUGCAUAUCCUAAAUGUCGGCUGGCUUUCAUUCUACUGCCGCAAACCCCAAGAACGAAGCGUUGCCAUGGCACUGGUGGUUAUGGCAGCUAACUGUGCUGGUAUCGCUGGGUCGCAGAUCUUCCGCACUUCCGACGCCCCGAAGUAUCUGCAUGGUCUCACUGCAAUCAGCUGUCUUGCUGGUGCCUCGUGGGUCCUCACUGCUGUGCUUUGUGUUCAGUACUAUUUCCGGCGGCAAAAAUCGGUUCCUUCGGAUACUGUGGAGGCGAAAGCUUGA